AUGCUUGACUUACUACUUGUGUACCUUAGCGGGAUCGAUCCCCCACCCAUGGCAUACCUGCAGGUCUCUCAACGCAGAAAGCAGCAUGGGCAGCGGCAUGCGCGCAUGAUUGGCCAGCGGUGCCAGCUGGAUGGUGUACCGCCCAUUGCGGGGGGUGGGGUUAGUCCUGAGGGAAGGCAGGGGGAAGGCAGGGGGGAGGCAGGGGGGAGGCAGGGGGAAGGCAGGGGGGAGGCAGGGGGAAGGCAGGGGGGAGGCAGGGGGAAGGCAGGGGGGAGGCAGGGGGAAGGCAGGGGGGAGGCAGGGGGAAGGCAGGGGGGAGGCAGGGGGAAGGCAGGGGGGAGGCAGGGGGAAGGCAGGGGGGAGGCAGGGGGAAGGCAGGGGGGAGGCAGGGGGAAGGCAGGGGGGAGGCAGGGGGAAGGCAGGGGGGAGGCAGGGGGAAGGCAGGGGGGAGGCAGGGGGAAGGCAGGGGGGAGGCAGGGGGAAGGCAGGGGGGAGGCAUGGGGAAGGCAGGGGGAAGGCAGAAGGGAUGGUGCAGGUGGGGUGAUGCAAGAGGAUGGUGCAGGUGGGGUGAUGCAAGAGGAUGGUGCAGGUGGGGUGAUGCAAGAGGAUGGUGCAGGUGGGGUGAUGCAAGAGGAUGGUGCAGGUGGGGUGAUGCAAGAGGAUGGUGCAGGUGGGGUGAUGCAAGAGGAUGGUGCAGGUGGGGUGAUGCAAGAGGAUGGUGCAGGUGGGGUGAUGCAAGAGGAUGGUGCAGGUGGGGUGAUGCAAGAGGAUGGUGCAGGUGGGGUGAUGCAAGAGGAUGGUGCAGGUGGGGUGAUGCAAGAGGAUGGUGCAGGUGGGGUGAUGCAAGAGGAUGGUGCAGGUGGGGUGAUGCAAGAGGAUGGUGCAGGUGGGGUGAUGCAAGAGGAUGGUGCAGGUGGGGUGAUGCAAGAGGAUGGUGCAGGUGGGGUGAUGCAAGAGGAUGGUGCAGGUGGGGUGAUGCAAGAGGAUGGUGCAGGUGGGGUGAUGCAAGAGGAUGGUGCAGGUGGGGUGAUGCAAGAGGAUGGUGCAGGUGGGGUGAUGCAAGAGGAUGGUGCAGGUGGGGUGAUGCAAGAGGAUGGUGCAGGUGGGGUGAUGCAAGAGGGAUGGUGCAGGUGGGGUGAUGCAAGAGGAUGGUGCAAGCUGGCUUACGCGAGAAUGGCCUUCACAAGAGGAACCUUUUUGGAAAGUACCUCCACUGGGGUCUGCCAGGUGAACAGGAGGGAGAUGGGGAUCACGAGAUUAUUGAACACGAGGCAUUAA